UAUCAUCCACUCAUAUAAAAAAUUAUUCUCUAUAAUAAAACGCCUCUCUCGGGAAUUCCGACAUAAUGGAAGCCCAAGUGGACGUUCGCUAAUUAGUUUUUAAUUUGUUUACUAUCUACUUUUUCUUCAGCAAGAAAAAAAAAUCACUAUUGUAUGAACAAUUACUUAUAAUCAGUUCAAUGCUAACGUGUAAAAUUAUUUCGUCAUCAGAUUAUCGCGUUAGCUGCAAGCGAAAAUGUCAAUUGUGAUGUGGGUGCAGUAAAAAAAAAUUUUAUUUAAAUUCAAAUAUUAAAUUAAUUUUAAAUAUUUUAAAAAAUUUUAAUUUUGUGGUGAUCUCAGUGGGAGUAAAAAAAAUUAGUAAAUUAAAUUAAUUAAUUAAUAAAUAAAUAAUAAACAGUAAAAAAAAUUUGUUUUAUUAAUUUACUCAAUUUUUAAAUGAAGUGAAGGAUUUUGCGGGAAGAAAGGUCAUAGGGAGAUGAGUGAGAUAAAUAAAUAAAUAAAAAAACCAUUAUGAGGAUUUAAAAAUAUGAUGAUCAAGGUGAGGCAGGCAACACCAAAUAACUUUUUUAUUUUUUUUAAGAUGAAAAAUAAUAAGAAAUAAAAAUAUCGAUAUCAAGUAUCAGUCUUUUUCAACGUACGAUCAAAGACGCACGUGAUAUUAUUUCUUCUCAUUUCAUAAUAAUUUUGUGAGCUGAAUAGACACGUGUUAAUGUCAUUUUACACAAAUUAAUUAUUGUGGUUUUUAAUUUAAAAAAAAAAAUAGUUAAUUCAAAUUUUUAAAAAAUGAAAUACAUUUCGUUAUUUAUUGCAUGCAUUUUACCGUCAAAUGUACUGACAUUUAGUUUGUUACGUGAAGUGUUUUUUCCAAGAUAUCCUGUGUUAAAUCGUGUAAGGAAAAAUGAUUCUAAUCAAGCGAGACUUAUUGAUGAGAAUGCGGUCUUAGACUUUGUGGGACUGGUAGAAAAACACGGAUAUCCGGCAGAAGAACACAAUUUGAAAACAGAGGAUGGGUAUAAAAUAAUAUUCCACAGGAUACCUGGCAGUCCAAAGUCAAAGUCAAGUAAAAAAAAAAAAAUAGUAUUUCUUCAACACGGACUAUUAGGGUCAUCGGAUUCAUGGGUUCUCGUGGGACCUGAUAACGACCUUGCUUUUAUCCUGGCAGACGAAGGAUACGAUGUCUGGCUUGGCAAUGUCAGGGGUAACUCUUACUGUCGUUCACACGAAGAAUUAUCAACAACAAGUCGUGACUUCUGGAAAUUCAGUUUCCACGAGAUCGCAUUGUAUGAUAUAUCUGGAAUGAUAGAUUAUGCAUUGAAUGCAACUAACGAAAAAACAAUUUAUUAUGUCGGUCAUUCAAUGGGUUCGACCGUGAGUUAUGUACUUCUGUCAAUUAGACCAGAGUACAAUGACAAAAUAAAAUUGGCAAUAAGCCUUGCACCAGUUGCUUACUGGAAUGUUGUUUCUGAACCAUCUAUUUAUAAAGUUCUUGAAAGAAAUAUUGAUUACUUAGAGUCAUUGUCUGAAUCAAAUGGUAUCUAUGAUAUAUUUCCACAAUCAACGAAUAAUGCAAUGAUUGCAAAGGAAUUGUGCCGUGAUAAUGCUAUUACACAGCCAUUAUGUAUCGACUUACUCUUCGCUUUGGUUGGAGCUAAUCCGUAUCAAUUUAAUGCUACUAUUUUGCCACAUAUUUUAAGUUACGUUCCCGCGGGAGGUUCAGUUCGAAUAAUUCAUCAUUACGGACAAAAUAUGCGACAAAAAACAUUUCGUCAGUACGAUUACGGUUACGCCGACAAUUUUAAAAUUUACGGCAAAAAAAAACCGCCACUUUAUGAUUUGAAAAAAGUAACGACAAAUUUUUCGUUAAUUUACGCAAAUAAUGACAUUCUUGUUCCUCAAGAGAAUGUAUUUGAACUAAAAAGAAGAUUGCCAAAUAUCGUGCACUUUGAAAAAAUAAACUACGAAACUUUCAAUCAUCUUGAUUACCUCUGGGCACGAGAUGUUAAAGAACUUCUGUACAAUAGAAUAAUAAAACUUUUUAUUCCAUACAUUAUGAAAAUAAUAACUCUAUUGUUAAUAACGCAAUCAAUAGAAUUAGCGUCGAGUUUAGAAUUAUUGCCGCAUGAAAAACUUAUUAAAGUACGGACUCCCCAAGAAGCUAAUGGUACCAAGUUUGUACUAGACUUUAUUGGACUUGCGAGACAGUUUGGAUAUAAAGCGGAGCAGCAUAAUGUGACGACGAGUGAUGGAUAUAUUUUACAGAUAUUCAGAAUUCCUAAUGGUAAAGAGUCGGUUGGAGUUGAUAGAAAACCGGCAAUUUUAAUCGAACAUGGAUUGAUGGCUUCUGCGGAUAUUUGGGCGACGAUGAAAAGAUCGCUUGCUUAUUUUCUAGCUGACGCGGGCUAUGAUGUUUGGAUAGGAAAUGUAAGAGGCAAUUCUUAUGGUCGUGCUCAUCAAACUUUAUCACCUGAUAACCCUCUAUUUUGGAAUUUCACAUUUCAUGAAUUCGGAGUAAUAGAUUAUCCAGAGACAAUUGAUUAUAUACUUGAAACAAUAAACCAAACAUCAUUAACAUACAUCGGUCAUUCAAUGGGAGGAACUUCUGUUUUAAUAUUACUAUCUGAAAAACCCGAGUACAAUGAAAAACUAAAAGUGAUAAUCACUUUAUCACCAUCCGCAUACUGGAAAGAGAAAAUUCCUACAAGACUAUUUUACCUGAGUUCAAUUUAUCACAUUGGAAAAGUUAUUGACCCCACGGGUUUGUCUGAAUUUAUGCCACAGAGUGCUUUGUUUAGGGACUUAUUCAAGAAUUUGUGUAAAAAAAAUAAUAUCAUGGAUCUUUGUGUAGCUGGAGUGGAAAUUUUAACUGGUUAUGAUUAUGAACAGAAUGAUAAUGAUGAAAUAAUGUAUUUAACUUAUUAUUAUCCCGCUGGAACAUCAACAAAAACAGUAUAUCACUACUGUCAAAGUGCGAUAAGUGGUGAUUUUCGUCAAUUUGAUUAUGAAGAAAAUAAUAUCUAUUUCUAUGGGCAAGUAAAGCCACCUGCUUAUAACGUAAGCAAUAUAGUAGCGCCGAUAGUAAUUAUUUACGGUGAAAAUGAUCCACUGAGUACUUUAACUGACAAUAAAGAAUUGGCAAAACGUGUAAUGCAUAAUGUGACUCUUGUAAAGCUUGAUUAUCCAAAAUUUAGCCACUUGGAUUUUGUGAAAGCUAAAGAUAUCAAAAAAUUACUUUACCCUACAUUGAUGGACGCUGUAUCAAAGUAUAACUAAAAAUGUAUAUAUUAAUUAGUAGGAAAUAAAAUUUGUAAAUAACUCGAUAACUUGUAAUGUACAUUAACU